AUGAGCCCCUGGCCUGGGUCAAACCGGACGGCUCCGCGGGAGUUCGUGAUCCUGGGUUUCUCCGGGUGGCCCCGGGGGCUGCGGCUGCUGCUCUUUGCCUUCCUGCUGCCACUCUACCUGGCCACGCUGGUGGGAAACCUGCUCAUCUUGGGCCUGGCCGUCGGGGACCCCGCCCUGCACACUCCCAUGUACUUCUUUCUGGGGGCGCUGUCGGCCGUGGAGGUGGCCUACACGCUGGUGCUGACUCCGCGCAUGCUCGCGGGCUUCCUGCUGCCCCCGGGGGGCCAGGCGGUGGCCCGCUCCACCUGUGCUGCCCAGAUGGGCCUCUUCGUGGCGCUGGGAGGCUCCGAGUGCCUGCUGCUGGCCGCCAUGGCGCUGGACCGCUACCUGGCCAUCUGCCGCCCUCUCUGCUACCCCCGGCUCAUGACCGCGGGGCGCUGCCGGUGCCUUCUCGCCUCCUGCUGCGUUGGGGGCUCUCUCCUGGCCUUGGGCCUCACCGUGGCCAUCUUCCAGCUGCCCUUCUGCCGGGGGGGCCUCGUCAACCACGUCUUCUGUGACCUCCCGGCCGUGUUGGUGCUGGCCUGUGGGGACCGGGACCUGCAGGAGAGGGUCCUGCUGGCCGCCUGCCUGCUGCUGCUGGUGCUGCCUCUGGUCCUGAUCCUGCUGUCCUACACCAGGGUGCUGGCGGUCAUCCUGGGAGUUGGGGGGGUGGCGGGCCGCCGCAAGGCCUUCAACACGGUGGCGUCGCAUCUCACCGUGGCCGUGCUCCACUAUGGCUGUGCCACGGCCAUGUACGCCAGACCCCUGAGCAGCCGCUCCCUCGAGGAGGACAAGCUGGUGUCGCUCGUCUACAUCAACCUCACGCCGUUGCUCUACCCUGCCAUCUACACGCUGCGCAACCGGGACGUGCAGGGUGCCCUGUGGCGGGCGGUCGGCGGCAGGACGUCAGGGAACGUCGUCCGGGCCGAGGUCAGCUAA